UAUUACAAGACAUUAAUUAUCUAUGCUUUUUUACCACAGAAAAGAGAAAAAGGUCGGAUGCGAGUCCAUCAUCUAAACAAUGUGAACAGAGCACUUCAAGUCCUUGAACAAAAUAAUGUAAAACUUGUAAAUAUAAGUAGUAAUGAUAUAGUAGAUGGCAACCCAAAAUUGACAUUGGGUCUUGUUUGGAGCAUUAUUUUACACUGGCAGGUACAUUACCAUUUGAAAGAUCUGAUGUCAGAGCUCCAGCAGACCAACCUGGAGAAGACAUUGCUGGCAUGGUGCAGGCAGAACACUCAGAACUAUUCCGGGGUGGAUGUGAGGAACUUCACAACAUCAUGGUCAGACGGCCUCGCGUUCAAUGCUCUUCUACAUCACUUCAGGCCGGAUUUGUUCGAUUUUGCCAAUGUCACCCGUCGCCACCCCAAUGCAAGACUGGAACAUGCAUUCCGUAUCGCACAGGAGCAGUUUGGAAUUGAAAAACUUCUUGAUCCUGAAGAUGUGAACACGUCAGUUCCGGACAAGAAGUCAGUUAUGAUGUACGUCAUGUGCCUCUUCCAGUCUCUCCCCCACUCGUCCCUGGAGGUGACAAGCCUCGACUUCCUGCAGUCAGAUACUAGCAGCUCCCUCGCCUCUCCACUGCCUGAGGGUGUGCUGGGCGAGGCGGAGGCCCGGACAUCAAGGCCGGUAAGUCUGGCCACCAACGCCUCUGUGGAACUCGGUGGUUACCAGGUGGCGAUGGAGGAAGUCCUCACCUGGCUACUGGAGGCUGAGGACCGGCUCAGUCAGGACCUCAUGUUGGCGGAGGCUGAUCUUGAGACUAUCAAGGAACAUUUUCACUCUCACGAGGGGUUCCUGUUAGAGUUGUCUGGACAUCAGGAGGGAGUGGGGGCAGUACUAGAGGAGGGAGCAAGAAUGUUGUCUGAGGGAGGUUUGAACAGAGAUGAGGAGGACGAGGUCAGAGUGCAAAUGAGGUUGCUGAAUUCCAGAUGGGAAGCUUUACGCCUGAAAGCCAUGGAGAAGCAAGCAAGUAUCCAUGGGCUGCUGAUGGGUGCUCAGCAGAAGCAACUGGAGUCUCUACGAGAGUGGCUGACUGCCACCGAGGACCGGAUCUCCCGUAUGUCACAAACUGGUCCAGACCUGUCGGACCUGCACAGUCAGCUGGCCACUCAUUGUGAGCUACAGCAAGACCUUCAAUGCCAGCAGAAGACCGUAGAUGCAUUGUGCAAUCUGGUUGUCGUUGUAGACGAUAACGCUGCAGAUAAUAUGUACUCUGCAAUGGAGGACCAGUUGGCAGCACUGGGAGAACGUUGGGAGCACAUCUGCCAAUGGACGGAAGAGCGAGGGACUCUACUGCAGCAGCUGACCUCCACUGCUAGCCAUCUUCACGACCAGGUCACCUGGUUGCAGAACUGGCUGCAGUCCAAGGAAACAGUGCUGAAGCAGAUGGAGGCUGAGCCUGCCACUGAGAUGGGAGUCAUUCUGGAUAGGAUCAAACAACUCCAGAUUCUAAGGCAGCAAAUGGACGCUCAACAGAAGAGGCUAGUGAAUAUUCAGGAGGCGGCCCAGGAUCUGAGCACAAGGAUGUCACCCCCCGGGGGUGGCGGAGACCUGGAGAAGAUAGAGGCUCUGCAGGAUCGCUGGGACGCUCUUGUCAUGAUCAUGGAAAUGCAGUCCCAGAGAAUUACAAAUUCUGGAUUUGAGGUGACUCCAGUGAUAGGAGACAGCUCAGCCACUGUCAGCAGUAGUUUAGCUUGGGAGGAGACCUCACCUUCCUCAGACGGCCAGGGUAGCUGGAAAAGGAGACGUGUGGAGGCCGGAAGAAGCCAGGCUGAGCUGGAGACUGCGGUGACGGAGUACGACAAGUGGCGGAGUACAGUAGAGCACCUGACAGACUCUCACUGUGACAGUGGCAGGAUGCAGCAGCUGGUAGCAGAGUGGCACGGUCGCCAGCACCAGAUGGACCACCUCUCACAACUCGCUCAAGCCCACAUUCAGCAGAUCAUCACCGAUGGAGGAUCCCCAGAAGCAGAAGAGAGGCGGUUCUCCGAGAUCUCUAGCAGUUUCGAGAGCCUAGGUCAGAAGCUGCAACACACCCUCGCUCAGGCACAGCAGAGAGAGCAGCUACAGCAGGAGCAGCAGAAUGUACAGUCUGUGAUAGAAGGGUACAGUCAGUGGUUGGCUGAUAAUGCUGACUCCGCUACUAUUGACAACUGUGUGGCAAAAAUAAAGGCCCUUGAGUCACAGAAAGACCGUCUUCUCACACUUCAGGAGAGUACUAAAGACUUUUGUUCGAAUUUCCCCACUGGAGAUGAAUCAAAAGAGGUCUCAGAGAAAACCCAGAAGUUAACCUCUGAAUGGAAUGCCAUAUCAAAUAAACUGGCUGAUCUCCAAAGGGAGUUGAAUGAGAAAAGCCCAGUUGUGAAGUAUACAGAGGCCAAAACCAAUCUGAUGAAGUGGAUCAACGAUGUAGAAGGCAUGCUGCUCUCGGAGCAUGUAGUGCUCACCCACCCCCAGGCUAUGGAGCAGCAGCUUGUCAAGUUUCAGGAUCUGGAGAAGAGCAUUUCUGAGCAGAAGGCCAGUUAUGACUCUGUCAACUCUGCUGGCAAAGAGUUGCUGCAACGGGCGUCCAACGAGCGACUACAGGAAGAGCUGCAAGAAUUGACAUCUCGCUGGACCGACAUCCCACUCCUGCUGGUCGAGCGGCGGACAAAGCUGCAAAAAGACAUUGCAAGAAUCCAACAACUCAAAGGUGACAUGGAGAAUGUAGAGGCUUGGCUUCAACAAGCUGAAGGUUUCCUUGCCAAUGUUGACAUCACUUCAAUGCCUCUGUCAUCAUUGGAAGCUCAUUUACAACGUUCUCAGGACCUCUUGGAUGAAGCUGAGAAAAUUGAGCCAACAGUUAAAAAUAUUGGAAACACUUGUGAUGAUUUAAUAAAUUCAGGUGCAGAAGCUAGCUUUAUUAAUGAAAUCAACAGCAGUGUAACCAAUCUUACAAAUAGAUGGAAUACAGUGAUCAAGAAGCAGGCUGUGGACUGCAAAGACAAAAUCAACCAGGCAUUCACAAAAUUCAGUCAGGUAUCAACUGGCCUACAGGAGCUCAGCAGCUGGUUGGACUCAGUGGAGACAACAGCCACUGGUGAUUUGGCAGGCAUACAUUCUCCAUCAGAACUGUCCAAGGUCAAAGCCAAAUUCCAGUCACUGAAGGAGAACAUGGAACAUAGAUCUUCAAUGCUAGACAACCUCACAAAACUGGGAAACAAAAUUGCUACCUCUCACAAUGGUGAUGGUGUUGAAGAGUUAAGCAAUAAAAUCUCACAAAUCAACUCAAAGUGGACAACGAUUAUGGACAGUGUGUCACAGAAGUACAAAUUCUUGCAAGACGCCAAUAACCAGUAUGGGGAGUUCAGAGUGCUUGGUUCUGAACAAAGGGGUGAGAACAGUGACAGCCAUGGACUAUGCACACCACUGUGCGGCAGUUCCAUGUCAGCGGGCAGCUGGGCGCCGAGCGACAGACACGUAUUAACAACAGAUGGCCGAGUCAUCUGA